GCCCGUGAUACAUUACAGUUUAAAUCGGAAUAAUUUCCGUAGGAUUCUACACCUCUCAAAAAAGAAGAAAAUCGUGCAUAUAUCUGUAAAGACCUGGACCGAUUCAGCUAGACUUUCUAUGAUGGCAUUAUUUGUUCAAAACAUCAGCAACUUUAGCCUAGAAAUGGAGACGCAGCAGGACCUGCACAGAAACGAGAGCCUUGCCUACAUUGAAGUCGCGCUUCUGUGCGUGAUAUUCUUGUGCGCUUUGGGUUUAAAUUCGGGGAUCCUCGUUAUCCUCUGGAAGAGACGGAAGCAGGUUUCCAGAAUGCGCGUUUUUGUGCUACACCUUUGCUUGGCAGAUCUCGUGGUGGCUUUUUUCCAAGUUUUUCCACAACUUUUUUGGGACAUAACAGACAGAUUUGUUGGCCCCGACGUGGUGUGCAGGCUAGUAAAGUAUUUGCAGAUUGUAGGCAUGUUUGCUUCGACAUACAUGAUUGUGGUGAUGACCCUGGACCGCUACCAGGCGAUAUGCAAACCCAUGGUGACUUUUCAAAGAAAGAGAGCCCGCUGGAACGCCCCGGUUUGCGUGGCUUGGGGCAUCUCUUUGGUCGGAAGCCUCCCUCAGAUUUUCAUAUUUUCCAAGGCUGAAGUUUCACCGGGAGUGUUUGACUGUUGGGCUAAGUUUAUAGAGCCGUGGGGACUGAAAGCGUAUGUGACGUGGAUAACACUGGUAAUUUUCAUUUGUCCUAUCCUUACCGUGAUAGUCUGCCAGGUGCGAAUCUGCCGCGCUAUCCAGAUAAACCUGUACACAAAGACGCACCAGCACAAAGAGAACGCCGCUAAGACACCCCUUCCUUCAAGGGCUAGCAGCAUCACAGGAGUGUCUAAAGCUAGAAUCAAGACUGUGAAAAUGACAGUGGUGAUUGUAAUGGCUUACAUCUUCUGCUGGGCGCCGUUCUUCAUCGUACAGCUGUGGUCUGUCUGGGAUGAAAAUGCCCCCACCGAAACUGCUACAUUUACCAUCUUAAUGCUGCUGGCAAACCUGAACAGCUGCACGAACCCCUGCAUCUACCUGCUCUUCAGCGGCCCGCUGCCCAGGAGACUAGCCACCCUGCUCUGCACAGGACGCCCCGGUCUGAAGGAGUCGGUGCCGGAAGAAAACACUAUCAUCAGCACCCUCUACCUGAGCCUCAGGAGCCUCUCCGACUCACGAUAGAUGGCCUUUUCUUUAAGGGAAGCUGUAUAUAGUAUCAUUAUUUUAAAUGCACAGUCAGACCUACAACGUUUGAAUUGCAAAGGACUUACUUCAAAUACAGAGUUUUUAGAUGCUGAGUUUUUUUUUCUUUCUGAAAUACAACAAGAAUAUAAGAGAUAUGGCAGCAGGUUGUUUUAAGUUUUCUAAAUUAUGUUUUAAGUGAUGUAUUAUUAUUUAUUAUUAUUUAUUUCUUAGCAGACGCCCUUAUCCAGGGCGACUUACAAUCGUAAGCAAAAACAUUUCAAGCGUUACAAUACAAGUAAUACAAUAAGAGCAAGAAAUACAAUAAAACAAGUAAAGUACAAGUUUGACAAACCACAAUUCAAUAAUACAGCAGGUAAUAGUGAUAGUUACAUCAGGAUAUGAUUAAAUAGUGAUAGUUACAUCAGGAUGUGAUUAAAUACAAAGUACUACAGGUUAAAAACUUGGCAGAUUACAGUAUUCUGAAGUACAGGAUUAAAUGCAGUAAAAUAGGGGCUGAUAAGAGCAAAAUAAAGCACAUUUACAUGAAGAGUGAUAGUGUCCCAGGAUACAAACAGAGGAGUUCUACAGGUGCUCUUUGAAGAGGUGAGUCUUAAGGAGGCGCCGGAAUGUGGUCAGGGACUGGGCAGUCCUGACAUCUGUAGGAAGGUCAUUCCACCACUGCGGAGCAAGGGUGGAGAAGGAGCGGGCUUUGGAGGCAGGGGAGCGUAGCGGUGGUAGAGCUAGUCUUCUAGUGCAGGCGGAGCGGAGAGGUCGAGUGGGGGAUGUAUAUGUUUACAGUGUGUAGAUUAGUGCAUGCCUGCUAGACUGAACAUACAAUAUACCGUCUUACGUUGAGUGUAACAAUUUGUAAAGGAUCUGCAAAACUAAUCAAUUUGCCUGCUUAAGUGACUAGGAAUAAACAUCCAAUUGAUAAAUGCUAACAGGGUCCCUUACUGUGAAUACAGAAACGGACAGAUACAGCAUAGUGACUGUUCUUCAUUCAACAUUAACAAUUAGCCUCAAGCAAGGUAAACGAAAUAAUGUUAUUAGUGAGUGGCGUAUCUUUUAUGAGCUUUGAAAAUACAAAAUGUGUAUGUGCUUUGCCGUCAUUAUUGAGGAAAUGUUACCUUUGAGAAAACAUUGGAUUGUAAAAUAGACAUAGUAUUAUAUUUAAUUUGUAGCACGUUUCAGCUGUAUCGCUUUACUUUGCAGAUUAAUGAUAGAUAAAUCUGACAAAAUAACAGUGUCCCUACCAGUCAAACAGUGUAAGCCAAACGUUUAAGAAUUAAACAUACCUCGUAGGUAACAGAUUUUAAACACACCUUUGUGUUCAUUUUAAUUAUUUGAGAAUAUGCUUUAGACGCACAAAAGACACAAGUGUAACCAAAAUAAACGUAUAUAAAGGUAGGAAAGAGGUUCUACAGCCAUGCACCCGUGAGAACUUAUGCCUAACCUUCCAGAAACAACAAAGAGCAUUUCUAAUAAUAAUUCAGACAUUACGUGCUUAGCUAAAUAUCAAACAUAUUUGUUUUUGAGUAGACAGGCUUUUUUUAAUCUGUUAAUGUGUUUUCUUUUCUUUUCUUUUUUUUAAAUAUGUAUUGUUGCCAAUUUACAACUAGUGGAAUAGCGGUAGCUACGUGUUUGUUAAACGUAUUUUAAUACUGUUUUCUAUUUUUUCAUUGUGUUUUGUGAAUGUAUUGAACUAAAAUGUCGAGUCAAU